UAUGCUGCAAAAGAAGGACUCUGAUAAGGAAAAUACAUCUUAUAAAGAAAAAGAUUCAUAAAAACAAAGAGUGAUAGGAGAUUACUUAUUAGGUUUGAAGUUUUUACUAUUUGAGUUAAAACUCUUGGAGUGGGUACUUUUGGUCUAGUUAAAUUGGGAGUGCAUUAAAUUACAGGAGAGAAAGUAGCCAUUAAAAUAUUGGAGAAAGAGCGUAUUGUAGAAGUGGCAGAUGUAGAAAGAGUGUCAAGGGAAAUACAUAUUUUAAAAUUGAUUCGUCAUAGACAUGUUAUCUAACUCUAUGAGGUAAAUUUAAGCCUAACAUAUGAUAGAUUAUAGAAACUAAAAGGCAUAUAUUUUUAGUGAUGGAAUUUUGUGAUAAUGGAGAACUUUUUGAUUACAUUGUAAAAAAUGAAAAGUAAUACACUUUGAAUUUAAUUAAAGACUAGAAGAAGUUGAAGCUUGUCGAAUAUUCUAAGAACUUAUCUCUGGCAUUGAGUAUAUUCAUAAACUAAACAUCGUCCAUAGAGAUUUAAAACCUGAAAAUCUCUUAUUAGAUAAUUAAAACCAAAUUAAAAUUGUAGAUUUCGGACUAUCCAAUACUUAUAAAGAAGGUGAAUUACUUAAAACAGCAUGUGGAAGUCCUUGUUAUGCUGCACCAGAAAUGAUUGCUGGUCAUAGAUAUCAAAGUAUUUUAGUUGAUAUCUGGUCAUGUGGAGUUAUUUUAUAUGCCACUAUUUGUGGUCAAUUGCCAUUUGAAGAUAAACAUACAAGUGAAUUAUACAAGAAGAUACUCAAUGGUUAAUAUACAAUACCAUCACAUGUUUCAUAAGAUGGUUAAUCUUUUAUUAAAGGAUUAUUGAAUACAGAUCCAAAAAAGAGAUUUGAUAUCGAUUAAAUUAAGUCUCAUCCAUGGUUUAAGUUAUAUAAGAGAGUUCAUUCAAUUCCUUAAGGGAUUAUUAUCGGAUAUAGUCGAAUUCCCAUUGAUGAAGAUAUUGUUGAUCAACUUGCUCAAAAAGGAUAUAGUGCUGAUUAUAUAAAGAAAUGUCUUGAUGCUAAUAAACACAAUAAUUUAACUACAGCAUAUUUUCUCCUUUUAAAAAAACAUUUAAUCAAAGGAGGUCAAUCAACUGCUGAUAUUAAUUCAUAAAAUUUUAAUGAAAAAUUACUAGAACCUGCUACAAGACCUUCAAAACGUAUUACAUAUUUUCUAUUUGAUUAGCUCCUAUAAGUAAUUUAUUAGAUAGUUAAUUGAUGAAAACACUCAAACAUAACAGAUCGGGUUCUUAUUAAACUAAUUAAAAAUCACAUACAUAAGGGAGAGGAAUGUCUGUACCUUAAGUAGAAGAUAUCAGAUCUAUUUAUAAUGGAUCCAAAAAUUAUUAGAAUUCUUCUUUAUCGAUUGAAGUAUCCACUUUAACCUAAUAUUAAAUAGGAUCAAUCCUUUUAAUUUGAAAGAAAUAAAUCUUAAUCUUUCCAAUAGAAUAACAAUAAGAAAAUGCCAACUGAUAUUUAAAUAAAUGAUGCUUUGAAUAAAACUACUUACAUAAAUACAAGUAAGAGAUCUUCUAAUGCCUCAACUGUGUCUCCUGGCCAUUAAAAUAAAUUGCUAUAAUAUUUAAGUAUACAAUUAUAUUAUUUUAGAAUCAUCAACAAAAACUACUACUCCAACAGCAGUAAGAGGAAAUUCUUAAUAAAAAAUGCCUUAUACUAGUAAAACUACUAAAAACCAAAAAGCUUCAUAUACAAAUUUUGAUAAUAACAAUAAUAAUUCUCUAUUGGAAAAAAAGAAAGAAAAUAAACCAAUAAAUUUAGUAGAUGCCACAAAUAUUGAUAAUAAGAAAAGAUCUUUGCAUAUAGAAGGAGUAAGAAUAAAAUUUUAUUAUGUUUAGGAUCUCUCUAUGCCUGCAAGUACCAAGCCAUAAUCAAUGCCAUAUUAAUUAUGGCUAAAGAUGAAUAGUAGAAAAGGAUCAAGGGAUUAUAGCAGUGGAGGAUCAAAGACAAAAAAAUCAAAUGGUAGUGCCAAAGCUAAUAUAAAUCAGAGCUUUAACUUUGACAAGAGGGCAUGA